UACAUAGUGUCCAGUCAUGUAAAAUUCCAGAAGAGAGGAACAGCUUGUUAGCUUGGAGACUAAGGAGUCUGGAGAUCACGUAUCUAUGAUUUACAUCAACUACAAGAACAGCUGCCAGAAUUGGAUAGCAGAUUGUUGCCAAGAGGUAUAAUAUUUCUCUUAGCAGACAAAUGGCUGCUGACCAUUUGCAAGACUUUGCAGAGCAAGGGUCCUAUGUGCGGCCUUUAUCUUUUGGCCUGUGCAUGGAGCACCAGCACGCUCCAUUCAGAGACGCUCUAAGCCUCCACUUUGAACAAACGUACUUAGAGCCGGUCUACAGCCACAGAUACAGUGGGUGCUUCUCCUACUUGCACUUCCCCACACACGUGAGCAUGUACGACUGCUCCUUUGAACCUGCAUUCAUCCGUAAACGCAACGAGCGUGAAAGGCAGAGGGUCCGCUGUGUGAACGAGGGCUAUGCACGGCUCAGAGAGCACCUGCCUCAAGAGUUUGAGGAUAAAAGACUGAGUAAGGUGGAGACAUUACGGGCAGCCAUCAGCUACAUCAAACAUCUGCAGAAUCUCCUGGAGCUCCGGCUGCCAGAUGCCAUGAUGGAGCUGUCACCUGGGAGCACAAGAGGGAGUGAAGCUAUGAGGCAGCUCACGGAGUGUAACAGUGAUGGAGAGUCUAAACACAGCCUGAGUGACAAUGGGGAACCAUGCUACUGAACAGACUCCAUCAUGCAGUGAGCACAAACAGCAGCAUGGUCCAUAUGAAACCUAUAAUGAUGGACUAUUCUUUUGUUACAGCACACAAAUCUGUGGAGAAGGAUCGCACUUAUAAUAUAUUUUCCUGAUAAUGUUAUGCAGUUACUGUGGAUUGUAUCAAACAUGAAAAUAGCAUUUUUAAAUAUUUUGUUCUUUUUUAACAUGCACUGUUUAACUGUUGUUGCAUUAGUGCCAUGUAAGUAAAUCUGGGGAAGAAAUUGGGGAAGUAAAUAAAAUAAACAGGACCGAUAUACAUUUUG